GGGAGAAAGCGAAAGGGAAAGGGAAAGUGUGUGUGGGGGGGAGGGAAUUUCCCAGCCCAGGACAGAUGUUCCCGGCAGCCUGCGAUGGCGUCGGGGCAGUGGCGGGCGCUGGCCCAGCAGUUCCAGGUGAUCUGCCCCCCCGGGGAGGCCCCAGGUGCGGGGUCCCCCGGGGCGCUGCGAGGCCAGGUGUCCUGUGGGCACUGGGUGAGCGCGGCCGGGCUACGGGGAUGGGUGCGGGCACUGCUGGACCAGGGCGUCACCUCAUUCCGCUGCCCCUGCUGCCCGGAUACCUCUUGGCUCUGGCAGGAGCUGUGCAAACUUGGGCUUUUCUCAGAUGAGGACCAGGCCAUGCUGGAGGCCCAGAUCCUGACACAGGAUGGGGCCAGGGGCAGCUACCGCCAGUGCCCGCGCUGCCAGCACCUCGUCCAGCGUCUGGACCCCGGUACCUUGCGCACCCCCUGCCUGCCCUGCUCCCAGCGGGCCGGGGGGCUGUACUGCUUCUGUUGGGGCUGCCGCAUGGACUGGAAGGACCCCUUGCCCCAGGGAAAAUCCUGCUCCAAUCCCCAGUGCCCCCUACAGGCCGUGCUGUAUGACGCCCCGGAGAUCCAGGCCCCGGGAUCGUCUGUCCAUGGCUGCCCCUCGCUGCGGGCCUGUCCCCAGUGCCACACCCUGGUGAGCCACACUGGGCUAGGCUGCCCCCUGGUGGUGUGCCCGGAGUGCUGCAUGGAGUUCUGCUACCGCUGCCUGAGAGACCAUCGCGGGGAGGACACUGACGAGACGGAGUGGGAGCAUGACGAGGAUGAAGGCCUGGAUUACGAUAAUUACUGGGAGGCCAGCUGCAGUAUCGCCGGGAGGCAGGAGCUGAAGGGGUCCCCCUAGCCCAAGGGAGACCCCUGGACUCAACCCUUGCCGUGACCCCUGAGAACUCCCCUCCUGCCUGCCAAGGCCAGAUCCUGCCCCAUCACGCUCAGCCCCUCUCCCAGGUUUGGGGACCCCCCAGGGGCCAGACCCCCCCUCCUCGCUCACAGGAUGCCAGGGUCAGUGCACAGGCUCCUGGGCAUCGAGGUGCAGAGAGGAGUAAUACCUCUGCCAGAGACAGGGGUGCAGGGGCCUGUGAUGACGUGGGGAUUUUCCCUUGUAAUGGUGUAUGUGAGCCUUACUGUUGAGCCUAUGUGAGUUUUACUGUUUUGCAUGAAUACUGUGUGUGCCUCAGUUUCCCUGUGUGCUGCACCAAUGCCUCUGUCAAGGUUCCUCCCCCACUCUGAACUCUAGGGUACAGACGUGGGGACCUGCAUG